GUAGCUGGUGCAAUGAAAAUAUCUUCGUUGGUGGGUGGAUAUAUGGGCCCAGUUCUGUCAUAUUUUCCCAAACAGUGACUGAGUGAGGGUGAGCCACUGACAAAGGCAUGUGGUGGGUGCUAUGGCUUUCAGUCGGCGUAUGCCUCCAGGGAGCCAACAGCUGGCCUCCUCGUGCCAUCUUUUAGCUGGGCCGCCCCUCUGUGAGCUCCACGCACUUCACGCAAGUUACCUUUUGACUUCAUGAAGAUUCCUGACAUCGGUGAUGUAAUGAAUAAAUUUGAAGUCCUUGGGAUUGUAGGUGAAGGUGCCUAUGGUGUUGUUUUGAAGUGCAGACAUAAGGAGACCAAUGAAAUUGUGGCCAUUAAGAAAUUCAAGGACAGUGAAGAGAAUGAGGAGGUUAAAGAGACCACGCUACGGGAGCUUAAAAUGCUCCGCACCCUCAAGCAGGAGAACAUCGUUGAGCUGAAGGAGGCCUUCCGCAGGAGAGGAAAGCUUUACCUUGUCUUUGAGUACGUGGAGAAGAACAUGCUCGAGCUGCUUGAGGAGCUACCCAAUGGUGUGCCGCUCGAGAAAGUGCGCAGUUACAUCUACCAGUUGAUCAAAGCAAUUCACUGGUGCCAUAAGCAUGACAUUGUUCACAGGGAUAUAAAGCCAGAGAACCUCCUCAUCAGCUCAGACGAUGUCCUCAAGUUAUGUGACUUUGGCUUUGCACGUAAUCUCUCUGAGGGGAAUGAUGCCAAUUACACAGAGUAUGUGGCCACUAGAUGGUACCGCUCUCCAGAGCUCCUGCUUGGGGCUCCUUAUGGCAAGGCAGUGGACAUGUGGUCAGUGGGCUGCAUCCUGGGGGAGCUGAGUGAUGGACAGCCUCUGUUUCCAGGAGAGAGCGAGAUCGACCAGCUCUUUACCAUCCAAAAAGUGCUGGGACCCCUGCCACCAGAACAGAUGAAGCUCUUCUAUAACAACCCUCGCUUCCACGGGCUGCGGUUCCCUGCUGUGAACCACCCCCAAACCCUGGAGCGAAGAUACCUGGGAAUCGUCAGUGGAGCCUUGCUGGACCUGAUGAAGAGCUUGCUAUUGCUCAGCCCAACAGAGCGCUUUCUGACAGAGCAGAGCCUGAACCACCACGCCUUCCAGACCCAGCGGCUGGUGGAGCGGCCCGGCCCACCAACACCUACACCUGUACGCUCUUCCAAGAGAAAACCUCACCAUGGAGACAACACCACCCCCAGCAGGAGUCAUGGAGGAAAGAGCUCAGGACACCACCGCUCCAGCAGCAGAGACUGCUCCAGUCUGCCUCGGCAUGAAGACGUACUCCCCAGCAAUGAUGGCUUUCUCAAUGGCAAUAUAUCUGCUUCGGUCAACCUUAGUCCCACGCUGCAUCCUAAGAACUACCAGCCGCAGAUCUUCAACCAUUCAACCUCAUGCAACAUGGACCUGGCCAGCAGUAACCUGCCUCAUCUGCUCAAUCCCAGCGAAGGCAAGAGCAAGGGGGACUUUGACGUAAAUCUGGGGUCCAAGGUGUCUGACGGCCCUGGAGCCAAGUACCUCAAAUCCAACUUCCGCUCACAGCAGAACCGCCAUUCUUUUGUGGAGGGGAAGACCAACACGCUUCAAUCAGGGGACAAACACAGUCGACACAGCUACAUGGAAUCCCACAGUUCCUCCAAGUUCGCCUAUCUGAACUUGUCCAAGAGCCAUGGCAUGCUGAGUGACGCCAAGUCAGUAGGGAACCUAAAUGAAGUGCACCUAAUGGCUGAUGAGCCCUCAUCUCGCUACUUUCCCUCCAGCUGCCUUGACCUCACAGCCCCGAGCAGCCCAUCAACCCGCCGUGGGGACAGGUUAGGCCACAGCACAGGUGGCCGAGGAAGCAUGCGCUCAGAUAGAGAGAGCAAUACCUUAGACUCAUCAUACCGGCGCUCCUCCACGCGCCACAAGACCUCAGAUGAGGCCAAGUCCUCAGAUGCUCUGGACCCCGGGGAGAGCGGUGUUGGCGGGAGCCAUGCUCACUCCCUGUCUGCCCCACAUGAUGCGCUGUCUUACGGUCAGGGAUACACCAGCCCCUUCUCCUCCCAACAGCGGCCACAUCGCCACUCCAUGUACGUACGGAGGGACCUUCAGAGGACACACGCGGGAGACGAAGGACUGGUAGUGGGACAAGGCGUGCCCACCAGAGCCAGCAGCCUCCAGCUCCUUUCUCCACAGCUGCAGCACCGCACCUUGCCCCGGCACUCAGGGGGUUCCUCCAGAGAAGACGACAUGAGCAGGAGCGAACAGGCAACCUCUGAGGUCACCCACAGCAGACCCCCAAUAAGGGACUCCACACGGGACAACACCGCAUCUUUUCACAUACAGCGGCAAAAAAGCGAGGUUGGGAUGUAUCAUGACCAGCAAACGGAGGAUGGGGGUUCUUCCAAAGAGAACCGCAACAUCUACAGCGACUCCAUGUCUAGGAGGGUGGGCAGCUUCUACAGAGUCCCUUCUCCCCGGCCAGACAACUCGUUCCAUGACAACAGGGGGCAGAGCCGGAGCUCUGGCCUGGCAGCAGAUGGCAGCACUUUGUCUAACCAUUCCAAACGUCAACCAGCCUUUGACCCUUGGAGUGGCCCAGAGACUGUAGUUAUGAACACAUCUGAGCCAUCCAAAGAAAAGGAGAAGCAGGGUUUCUUCAGAGCAAUAAAGAAGAAAAAGAAAAAAUCUCAAAUGAUGGAAAUCCCUGAUGGAAGGCCUCCCAUCAUCAAGAAAUGUCUUUUCCCUCUGUUUAACUCAAAGAAUAACAUAAAGCAUAGUUCCUCUGUGAGAGUCCUCCCUGUAGUGUCCUCUCCCAUGGUUCCUAAUGAAGGGGUGGAUACAGUCAUCCAAAAGUCCUCCAGGUCCUCUGGCCACCAGAGCAGCCGCCACAGGACCCGCGACAAGAGCAGGGACCGGGACCAAGAGCGUGACAGGGACAGGGACAAUGACUGGCCACCUGAGAAAAUGUCAGAUGCACACGCUCCGAGUCAACCACUGAAGUCUUUGCGCAAGCUCCUGCACCUUUCAUCCUCAUCCUCCAACCAAACCGCCCCGUCCGAUAUGCGCUUCCAGCCCCUACCUAAUCCAGCCUCUGCCAAAACUGGUUUCAGUGAAAGUCGGGGUCACUCAGGAGUCAGCACCCCCCAGCUGAAGAGCCGACAGGCAGCCUACCCGCUCCCGGGGCAGAUGGAGUCCGGCUGGCACACAUCAGGCCUGGGCCGCACCGAGGGCAACCCAUACCCAGAGCAAAUGAGCAUCAAGGGAGGUCAAAACGGGCACGGCUUUGGACGCCCUUCUCGAUCUCGUAUGCCAAACCUGAACGACCUGAAAGAGACAGCUCUGUAAUGUCCCUCACCCGCCAUCCAGUGCUCAGAUCCACUUCGAACCCCUCUGCCUCCCAACUGUCACUCCUAAGCUUUUACCCCUAUUGAAGACACACUCACGCUCACACAAACACUCACACACACAGAUAUUAAACCCUUCCAUUUUAACCACCUGCUUGCAAAUAGGCCGAAAGCGUAGGCCUUUUCAUGUCUUAAUUUUUUAAAGCUUCCAUGGUUGAUAGACUUUAUAAUAUUACAUAUGUAAUUCUGAUUAUAAUUUUUAUCAUAAAGUGAAUAUGUUACAGAUUAAAUAUAUAUAUAUAUAUAUGGAUAGCUAAGGUGUAGAUUUUAAGUGUAAGUAUUUUUGAUUCUAUUCACUAGAAAUAUAGUACAUUUUACUGCAUAGUAUUACCUUAAGGCUAUCUAAAGCAGUCUGAACAAAUAACAUUUUAUCAGUUGUUACAAUAGAGAUUGGUAAUGCCAGUAACGUUGCAUUGUGUUCAUCUUACCCAGGAUUAACCCUUUGAUCCAAGCAGCAUUGCCUUUGGAUGUGCUCUGUCAUACUGGUUAGGGAUGCUCAAGUGUGCAUUGCACAAACCACAACUUCAUUUCAAAGCAGUCUUGUGUUUGAAACUAGAGCCAAAGUUUUCUGAGUUGGCACUGACAGUCUAAGACCUUUAGAUUUGCUUGGUCAUUGUUAGGAUAUAGGUUUUUAUAUCAUAUUGAAAUGCAGCCAUUUUAGAAAUUAUGGUGCCAUAAACUGAUAGAAACGACCUGAACCUACAUCACCCUCUGUAGGAUAUAAUGAAGCACUGCAUCUACUAUUUUUCUGACUGAGAUUAUUAUGUACUAACAUGUAGGGGUUGACUCUGUUAAAUUCACUUAAAGUGUUUUCAUGCACUAUAUUAAGGAGUUGUUUGUUUUUUUUCAGUAUAUCUUAAAAACUACGGUUACACCUCAGUCAUUACCAGUAGAACAAACAGAAUAACUUAAUAUGUUAAUUGUUCCUCGUACAAAUUGUGCCGGGGUCUGUUUGGUAGUAAAAUUAUCUAAGACUCACUACUGUAAACACUAAAAUAUUUUUAUCAACAAACAUUUAUUCAAAAAAAAAGGGAAUGAAUAUGUCAUGCAGGCCUUGUGUAUGAAUUAUUUUCGGACACCAACGACAAAACCUUAAUAUUUAAUUUGCACUGUUUUGAGCAGACUUCAAGGAUCCAGUCUAUGGCAAAGGACAUCUGAAGUUGGAUACUGAAGGAUUUUCAUAAGGCGCCGAGGUCCCACCCCUACCAGGAUUCAUGGAAGUCUUUUAAAGCUCAUUUCUCAUAGAAAGAUUUCAUAAUAGCUUGUCCCAAGUGGUUCCACACGUUCAAUCAAUGAAGAAAUUUACCAGUGGGCCCGGAAUAUUUUACAAUUUGUAACUGUUGGAAAAAAAUUAUAUUAUAUAGGUCUACAAGCUUUUUUCAUUUUUUUUUUCAAUAAUUUCUUGUAAUUACUUUUACAACACAUGAAAUUGUAGGACUUUGAGGGUUUACUGGUCAGUUUUUAAAAUGACUGGAUGUCUUUAGCCAUUUGGAACCAGGUUUUACGAAAUCUUCAAAUGGAACCACAAUGGGGGCAGAAGCUCUUCACUACAGUUGUUUUCCAUCUGAGACAAAGUGCCAUGAAGGUAGCUUGGCAAAACUAAAUCCUAAACUUUCUAAUGUUGCACUUUGAAGAGACCGUGUGACAUAGCAAUAUUGCUAUUAGUCUAUGUAAAUUCCUCUUCACUUUGUGUUCAUUGUUUGCACAGUGUGUGAAGACUGUCAGCACCUGGGCUGACAACGCCCACAGACCACACUGAGUCCAAACAUGACCGUUAAAUCGUAUUGUGUAUUGUGCAUCUUUAAGGACUGUGCACACUCUCUGACACAAUACAUUUUUUUCCUUUGGAUUACUGUUUUGCUGAAGGAACACAGUGUAUUAUAUUAAUACUAAUGUGUGACUAUUUGUUUGGUAAUAUUUAUAACAGAAGAUGUUUAUCAACUAUUCAGAUGAAAUCAAGUAUUAAGUUUGUGCUUUUAUUACAGACACAAAUUAGUAGCAUAGUCAGUGUUAAUCUGCUUUUUUUUUUUCCAACAGAGCAUUUACACGAGGACAUAUGAACCCACAAACGAAUGCUUAACUAUUUUAGAAUAUUCAUGUUUACAUAUGUAUCAGUAAAUCUCAAAUAAAACAAACUGAUUUGA